GUCAACUGUAGAUACACAACAUGUUUGAAAAGUCAUUGACCGAUCUGAUUCGAGGUCUGCGAGCCAACAAAAACUCUGAAGAACGAUUUGUAGCCAAUGCAAUCGAUGAGGUCCGACAGGAAUUGCGUACAAACGACUUGGAUAUCAAAACGAAUGCUAUAUCAAAACUCUGUGUUCUUCAUAUGAUGGGAUAUGAUAUGAGCUGGGCAUCGUUUCAUAUUAUCGAGGUCAUGUCAUCUUCCAAACUAUCACAGAAGCGUGUCGGAUACUAUGCAGCAUCGAUCUCAUUCAAACAAGACACAGAUGUGUUGAUGCUGUGCACUAAUCUCAUCAAAAAAGAUAUGUCGUCCAACAACUACGAAGAUGGUGCAGUUGCAAUGCAUGCCCUGGCCCAAAUUGCCACUCCUGACCUUUCUCGUGAUUUACAUAUGGAUCUGAUUGUAAUGCUGAACCAUUCAAAACCGUACAUGAGAAAGCGUGCCAUUUUGGUGCUGUAUCGAAUUUUUUUAAAGUAUCCUGAAGCACUUCGCGCUGCUUUUAGCAGACUCAAGGAACGGUUAAACGACGAUGACCCAAGUGUUGUCAGUGCUGCUGUAAAUGUGAUUUGCGAACUUGCUCGUAAAAACCCAAAAAGUUAUCUCCCGUUAGCUCCACAGCUAUAUGGUUUAUUGACCACCUCGAAUAAUAACUGGAUGCUGAUCAAAACAAUCAAGUUGUUUGCAGCUUUAACUCCGCUAGAACCUCGGUUGGUGCGCAAGCUUGUGCCUCCUAUCGUGAAUCUGAUCCAGUCUACUUCUGCCAUGUCUCUUGUAUAUGAAUGCAUCCACACUCUUAUUUCUGAAUCGAGCCAGGACAGGCAGAUUGUACUACUUUGUGUCACUAAAUUGCGGAAAUUUCUUGAAGACUCGGACCAAAACCUCAAAUAUCUUGGGCUGUAUGCUCUUGGCAAGCUUCUUAUACUUCGACCGUCAGCUGUUGGCGAGCAUCGUGAAAUUAUUUUACGCUGUCUUGAAGAUCCUGAUUACAGUAUCCGUCAACGUGCACUAGAGCUUAUUCAAAACCUUAGCACACCCACGCACCUUUUUGCUAUUGUAAAAAAACUCAUGAUGCAUCUUCGGACUCUUGGAAAACAAGAGAACAUUUACCGGAAUUCUGUUGCUCAAUGCAUAUUGACUAUGUGUAGCAAGGACACUUUUGCAAACGUGACAAACUUUGAGUGGUACUUGAGCGUACUGAUUGACCUGUCUUAUUGUCCUUUGAUUGAUGCAGGCAGCGCCAUUUCCGAGCAGUUUAUACAAAUAUGUGUCAGAGUACCAGAGAUUGUUCCUUUGGCCGUCUCUUCUUUGGCAAAACUUGUCAUGGAUACCGAGCUUUUGGACACAGUGACAAAACAACCGAAUAAUACCGAAGCGUUGUAUGGUGCUGUUUGGGUUGUAGGGGAAUACUGCAAUGUUCUUUCCGAUCCCCAAAAAAUCAUCAAAAGCAUGCUGUUGCCUCAAGUGAAUGCUCUUUCGCCAUUGGUCCAUACGGUAUAUUUGCAUAAUUUGCUAAAAGUAUAUGCUCGAUGGAUUGGCGGACAUCUUGAUGGAAAGGAUGUAAAGCGACCAGAGACGGAUGAGUGUUUAGAAUUGAUUCGAGUGAUUAUCGAUCGGCUGGAGUUUUUCACAACAAGCCCGAAUUUGGAAGUUCAGGAUCGGGCGUCGACAGUUUUGGAAAUUUUUAAGCUCAUCAUCAAAGAAAUAGAUUUAUCUCGGGAGGAAACCCAGCCUUUGACAACUUUUGGCAUGCCAAGAAUGACAGAGAUUUUACCUACUCUUUUUGAUGGCGAAUUCAAUCCCGUUUCUAUCAAGUCUCAAGGAAAAGUGGUUGUACCAGAAGGGCUUGAUUUG